GAGAACAACUCAGUCCUUGGAGUAGUCUACAAUGUGAGGCGGUAUUAUCACGGAGAGUCCACGUGCAGACCUUUCCCUGAAGGCACGCAGGCUAUCCUCCCAGGGAUUGAAGACUUGACACCGGCGCCAAAUCUGAACAGACUCUCACUACACCAGUUCACGGAACAGGAAAUCUCUGUCUCCGGCAACAGGUUAAGUCUGAAGACUGAGGCUACCUGCUGACCAACAAACUUUAAAGGCUGACUUCAAAAUGCAGCCAGGCCUAGCUAAUGCAGCGGGGCCUUCCCCGGCCGCUCUUCCUGUGACAGGGGCGUUCCUGAAGGGAGGCUGAAGAGCAAUGGGCCGACGCCGAGCCUGCCGCUCCCUCCCGGCGGGCACAGGAAAGGUGGAGCCCGCAGCCGUGGGUCCCCGCUCCGUGGCGCGGAGGGCCGGGGUCUCCGCGCCGCCCCGUCCCCCGCCCCGCCACUGCGGCACGGCUGAGUCACCACCGCCUCCGUCCUGCGGCGGGGCCGCCCCGGCCAGAGGCCGGGAAGGUCGCGUCCCCCGGGCUUGGACAGCCGUCGGGGUCGGAGCCAGGGCUGGGGCCGGGGCUGCGAGGCGAGCCUCGCGCCCUGCUCGCUGUUCCGGGGCUGGGAACCCGCGGCUCGGGCCACUCACGCGGAGGCUCGGGGGAGUCUACCGGUGGCGCCGGGCCCGGUCCCCCGAGGCCGAAGGGAGCCGGGCGCCAAAGAGCCAGGCUGGGCCACCCGCCGCCCCACACCGGCCCGGUCUCGCGGCCGCUUCCGUUCCGGCUCCUCACUCCUGCCGCUGGCCGCCCCGCUUACUUGGCUUUGAGGCGCAGCAGCUCCUCAAACUGCCCGGCUGAGCCGACCUCCUCCACGGCCGCUACAGCUGCCUCAGCCGCCCCCGCCGCCAUGCUGCCGCCGCCAGACAGGAGCAAUCCAGUGCCGGCGGCCGGAUGUGGGCGGGGCCGCGGAGAGCUGAGCGGCUGCGCGAGGGAAAGCCCCGCCUCUGCCUGUGCUGAGGCAGCAGAGCCUGAGAAAUCGCAGAAGGGGCCGCGGAGGUGGGCUCGGGAUCCCGGAUCCCGCCGGGGGGUUCCGACUCUGCCAAGUCUGGGCACUCCGCUGCGGGCCUCCUGGCUCCCGGGGUUCAUGGCUGUCGGGGCUCCCUGGCUGUAGGGGAUCCUGGCUAUGGAGGUUCCCGGUUAUAAGGGCUUCUGGCUGUAGUAGAUUCCUUGCUGUCAGGGCUCCUGGUGGUAGAGGCUUCUGGCUCUUGGGGUUCCUGGGUGUCAGGAUUCCUGUCUGUCAGGACACCUGACUCCUGAGGCUCCUGGCUUUUGGGGCUCCAGGCCUUCCUUGCACUUCCUGUGUCUCCUGGGUCUGUAAUAGUGAGAAGGGGCCGGUGGAGGGGUGGGGGUGAGACAUGUGAGUGAAAAGUGAAGUCAGAUGUGUACAUUUAGGAAGCUGAAAUUAUCAAAAAUGAAAUUGCAUAAAGGUGAGGAAGAACAGGGAGGUCUGGGAACAGAAGUGGUAGAUCUUGAACUUCAACACAGACACGGUGCUUCCAAUUCAGUCCAGGGACCUGAACCCGGAGCCUACAGCGCGUCCCUCCUCCCCUGGCCCUCCGCGCGUGCCACCGCUCAUUGCAGCCCCACCGAGCCAUCACCCAUUGUAACCUCAGAACAGAAGGGGCUGGGUGGGUCCACUGGGUUGGGGGCCUGGCUCCAAGAUCCCUGCACUCCUCCCACCUGGCCUCCUUGGGUGAUCCCUGGCUUGUCUUUCUCCCUUGGGAAUCGCCCUGAUGUUGGCUCUCCAUGUGGUGUACUCUGUACCCCACUCCCCAUGCUUCCCACGCACUUUCUGGCCUGAGUAAUCUCCAUGCCCCCAGUGACAUCAACCUCCAGGGAAACCUCAAUAGCAAGCCCAGAACCCUCCCCUGCACCCCAGAGCCUAGCAUCCAUUAACUUUGAGGAGGGGCUAUCUUUUAUUGGAUAUCCCCAAACCACACUGGGCCUUCCCUCCAAAGUGCCUCUCCUCUUGGUUCCCAUCUCAGGGAACACCAUCGCUCCCACCCAGACACUUGGGGCUCCUUCUGGUUGGUCCCCCUGCUGUCCCUGGGCUUUGAGGCCAAGCCCCCACAGAGCCUUCCCUACUAGCCAGGUGUUCCCAGGCCCCCUUUGCUUGCUUCUACCGUGGCCUGUCUUCUGUUCUAGAACUGUGCUUGUCCUCCAUUGGCCUGUGUUCUUAAAGGGCAGGAGUCAGACACAUAGGAGAUGCUCACUCCGUGCUAACAGCUGCCAGAGGACCAGGCUCACUGGAUUGCAAAGACUUCAUACGAGAAAAGUAGCAUAUCAUUCAUACUUUUUACAUUGAUUACAUGUUGAAAUGAGGAUAUUUGGAUAUAUUGGGUUUUCUGAAAUAUAUUAUUUAAAUUGGCCUCUUUUACCUUUGGCUCCUGAGAAAUGUCUAAUUUAAUAGGCAACUUGCAUUCGUGGCCCUUGAAUUUUCUUGGGCAGCACUACUGUGGUGAUUAAAAGUGGCCUUUUGGAGCCUGUCACAUGUAUACCUCACCUGGAGAAAUACAUGGUAUUGAACACGGUAAAUUGUGUUAUUUAAAAUGCAACAGGAGAAUGAUGAGGAAGCAUUUCGUAUCUUGCCUGUGGUGGUGGGAACACAAACUAAACAUGACAAAAUUGUAUAGAACUUGGCUGGGCGCUCUGACUCACACCUGUAAUCCCAACAAUUUGGAAACCCCAGGCAGGAGGAUCACUUGAGCCGAGGAGUUGGAGACCAGCGAGGCAACAUAGGAAGACCCAGUCUCUAC